AUGUUUGGAUAUGCUUCAAGAAUAGCAAAUAAUCUUAGAUUUAGUUUCUGUACUUUAAACAGAUAAACUUAAGGAAAGCCAAGCAUCAAACCAACAUAUACCAAUUAAUCUUAUACCUUUGAUGUGAUCAAUCACUAUGAUUAAAUCAGCAAAAUUAAAGGAAAAGGUGCCAUUGUGUCAUUAAUGCCUUGUUAUGUAUAUAUUUAAUAUUAUCUAGCCCCAAUAUUAAAUUACCAAGCAAGGCUCAGUUGUUGUCAAGAUGAAAUAUACAAGAAAUUAUAUUUAUUUAUGGAGAUUUUAACCAAUGCCAGAAGUUGGAAAAGAAGUAAUUUAUAAUACUAUCAAUUCUAGGUUAAUAAUAAAGAAUCUUUAAAUUUUCCUAUUAGUUAUGAGAAUUGUGGUUAUAUCAUAGAAUUAUGUGAUCUAUUGAAAACUAAUCCUGAAAUCAAACUUGAAGAAUAGACUAUCAAAGGCAAUCUCACUUUCACCAUUUAAAUUGAUUAUACAAAUAAAGCAGCUAGAAUUUAAUUAUAAGCUAUCCCUUAAUCAUAAUAGUAAUAAUCAUCUUAACAAUAAUAACAAUAAUAAGAUUAGAAAUUUGAAGUUUAAAUUGGUUUAGCAUAAUUUAAAUUAAUAUGUGAAUAAAUGAAAGUAAACGAUUAUUAAUAAUUAAUAGUAAGGUUUACCAUUAGUAACAGGCUGGGUGAUCCCUGAAAAAUUUAUGUUUUAAGUAAACAAAGAAAUAUCAGAAUGAUUAAAAUUCAUUUUCAUACCAGAUUAAUUUCUUA